AUGGCUGCAGCCUUCAAUACCCUCUCCAGUCCAUUCUUGUCACAUGUUGCCGAUCUCAAAUUGUAUUGGUGCCAUGCCAAGGUUUCCCAUGGGUCAUUCGUUUCCGAAAACUGGCUUGCAUAUGCCAGAAUAUCCAAGUGGAUCCACCAGGUGCUCGACAAACUAGGAUCCGAGGCAGAAGACACAAGAUACACGGACCCAGACUUCUUACAAUCUGACACAGAAAAGGAACUGGCUUCUUCACCGGAAAAUCAGUGCAUCAAGAAAGAUUCUCCACGUAACCUUGUUGAAGGAAUCUUUGAUGCAAUUACGUCAUUGCAGGAUAUUCCGCCAAUCAUAGAAGACCUUUUCUUUGAAGCAAAUCUUCGCCGUCAGGCAAUAUCCAAAUGCACCGGCUGGUGGGCUGAAGCCAGUACGGACCAAGCCGAUGCUCAUUCUUACAACAAGAUCGCUGCGUUAAUCCUGUCUGGCUUGAAGGUGUACGACCCAUCACUUGGUGGUUCGAUGCCCCAGCUUCGGCCCAGCAUGCAAAAUCUUGCCCCACAGUUGUGUUUGAUCUCGCUACGGCCCAACGCGUUAUCAAAACUGACAAAAGGUUGCCUCGCUUUUGGGAAUUUGCGCUCGUGUUUGACCCAACAUUGGAUGUGGCUAGCGGCAUCCAAAUUCUUUGCUCAUCCUUGGACCGGCCUGGCCAUUAUUCCUCCCAUUGUGGAGGAAUUUGAGCAACUAGAAAGAGAGUCGAAAAUAGCCAAAGCUCAGUCCAAGUCUAAGAAGCGCCCUGCAUCGACUCCAGAGAAUCCAAAAGGUGCCAAGGCCCACAAACCGCGCCCGUCUCCCUCUGUCCAGAACGAAGUAGGACUGGUUGAGGCGAUCCAGUCUAAGCACCCAGGGUCCCAUCAGGCCACUUACCAGCGGAACCUCAGUGGUUAUCCGAUUGACGGCAUCUUCGCAACGCCUGACGUGCCCAUCCUGGCCGCCGGGUACUACCCCUUUGACAAACACGUCGCCUCCGAUCACCGGGGCCUGUGGAUCGACUUUGACUUGAACAGUCUCCUCGGCGGACACCAACCUACGAAAUCCACCCAUGCUCCACGCCGGCUGGUGAUGCACAACAAACGGGUGGAUCAACGAUAUGUCCAAUUGGCGGAGCAGGGCUAUAUGCGGUGCAAUAUUCCGGGUCGUCUCUCUACCCUAGGAUUCGAUGUUGCCCGACAGCAGGGCGUCAUCACCAAAUCCCAGGCGGUCAGAUUCGAUCGGAUACACGCUGAUGCCUACACAGUUCGACGGUUAGCGGAGCAGAACUGCAGGAAGUUGUCGAUGGGCGGGGUAGAAUGGUCUCCUACAGGCCAAUCCAUUCGGGAUCGGAUCACCUUGUGGCGCCUUCUCCUCAGGGCCAACGUCAGUGCCAGAGACGCCAAGAUGGGCCUCACUUCUAAACGGCGGAAGGCUCAUGUCACUACUCGUACCCAGAGCAUUGCUAAGGUCCGCUACAAGACGGCAAGCCAACGAGAACGAUAUCACCGCUUAAGGUCCAUGAAGCAACGCGAGGAGACUUGUCGGAGGCGCAAGGCUCGUUCCUCCGGUUUGUCUGGCGGUCUAAGGGCCAUUCAAGUCGAACUGGAGGACAGCUAUGGCAAUUGUCGGCUAUGGAUGCAUGCAAGAAAAUAG